CAUAGCUCGGCGCCGGCCCCGCCCCACCCCUCGUCCUGUCGUCAGCGCUGCGCCACUGGCCGGCGGCGUCCCGGACGCUGCUGGCGGAGGUGGCUCCGGAGCCCGGUUGCACAUCAGGCCAGUGGCUGACCCUGAGCCACCACGUGCCACAGGGGCCCUCCGGAAGAAUGGCUACCACGGGCAGUCUGCUUGGCCUGCUGUGGCAGCACGUGCUGACAGGGGCUGCCUCUGCGUGUCGCCGCCUACACGUGUCGUCCCGAGUCGCCGACAGCAACAGGGCCUCGCUCACGCGUGUGCGCCGCCAAACCUACGCGCGCCUCUACCCCGUACUCCUGGUCAAGCAGGACGGCUCCACCAUCCACAUCCGCUAUCGGGAGCCACGGCGAAUGCUCGAGAUGCCCGUGGAUCUGGACGCUCUGUCCCCAGAGGAGAGGCGGACCCGGUUCCGGAAACGCAUGGCCCAGCUCACAGAGCAAAAGCAGCAGGAGCCAGAGCUGGUUGAUGACUUCGACGCGGAGCGGUAUAAGCGGUUUUGGACCAAAAAGUGACGGUGCCUGGAAGCUGGCUGGGUCCAGGACACCGCGGUUGGGGAGGGCGAGCCUUUAAACGUGUUGUGUUCAUGAA